UCUUCUUCUUGUUGUGGUUGGCUCAGGUCUAAGCAAUUUGUGGCUUAAUGCGCGAGAGACUGCACGGAGUAGCGCAGGGUCUGCAGCCACGGCGGAUUAGGCAUUAGGCAGUCGUCGAUCGGAGGUGAGGUCGCAUGCAGCCGGCUUUCUUCUGCACUUCUGUCGGAUUGCAGUCGUUGGCCCGUUGGCCGCUACGGCCGCUACCAGCAGAAGAUCUUGGUUGUUUGUUUAGAGUUUAGAGUACGUCGAUUAUCAUUGUAAAGUUGCGGCGAGCCGCCAUUUUGCAACCUGCUUCGUCACCUUUUGGUAAAAAAGUAGUAAAUUUAGAAUGAAAUCAUACGGGACCAUACGAUUUCACGCUGCCCCGGCACCGUCGCCGGGCCGAAACAUUAGAGCCGAGAUGACGAAGACGAAUAAACAAUAAUGCUAUAAUCUACAGAACGAUAAAUAAAAUAUCAGAGGUCGAACAUGGGUCGAACCUAAUUUUGCGUAGUUUUCUUACGCAUGCGUGUGUACAUGUGUACGCAUACUCUUUAUUUUUUUCCUGACCUCUUCAUCUCCUCAAAAUGAAUAUUCUUUUAGUUUCAUGGGCAUAGCAGCCGCGCGGCGUGGCGAAUUCGAUGACUACACCGAAACGAAAGUUUUCGUUUUCAUUGCACUUGUUACAUAUACACUACUCAAAUCGGAAAUGUGAUACUGACCUUAUCAUCAUCAAUGUGAUGAAUAUAUAGUCGUCUGUCAGCAACAGCAGCAUCUGACAACUUAUUCGUAUUAGGGCCUCGUACUUUUUUUUUCUGUUUGUUUCAUACGUUCGCGGUACGUCCGAAAAACAACAAUUGAUCAUUUUUCAAUUACAAUUAAUCUUCUUAAUGCAAAUAUGACCUUUUACUUAACUGAGAAAAGCCCUCCGUGAAGCGUUAUCCAAUUUUUGAGGUUAACGCCUCACACCAGAAUAAUCAACAAUUAUCGUAUAUCUGGUAUUUGCCAUAUACAAAUCCAUAGAUAUCUGUGAAUAUAAUUUCUCUGUCGAAAAUCGCACAAAGCUCAGUGCGUGUCGUUACAGCCUUUAAAUACAUGCUUUCAAAAGAUAAUUAUCUUGCGGAAGAGCCACAGAUAAGUAGAAUAAUGGGUUUGGAUGGUUUGAGAGUUGGCGGCGGCAGAUGUCCACCACUGUUUGUCGGUGGAUUGCUCGUUGCCUGUUUUUUUCUUGUUUGCAACUGGUGGAGUCUCUCAACCGAGAAUCUUGAAUUGCUCCGUCAACUUGACGAGCUCAAUGAACAUUUGAAAAUCAGUGCUGAAGAGAGAGACGAGUGUACAACUUUGCGGCAAAACAUGGAUCAGCGUUACAAAAGCUUGAAGGACGAGGUUGGCACUCUUCACGUGCGUUUGCAGCAACUUAAUUCUUUGAAAAUGAAAAAUGACGAAGUCACGGAAUCACUCACUAUGUGCAAAAGUGAACUGGAUUCACUGAACAAGCUCGAUGCUACCAAGAGCGCCACUUUGGAAACUUUGAGAUUAGAAAAAGAUACAAUGGCUACUCAGUUGGCAACCAAGAAGGAGGAAAAUAAAAAGUUGAUGACGGAUCUUGAGGCGGCACUGAGUAAUCUGGAGAAAUUGAAGCUUUCGGUUAACAUUCAAAAUGAGAAGGCUGUGGAGGAAGAAUUUCGAACAGAAUUAACGGAAGGCUCCAAAGACAAGGCACAGUUGGGUCCGGUUGACGAAUCAGCAGUGCAAAUAUCAGUCUCGGGUCAACGAGGUAUGAAGUAUCAUGGAGUGCCAAUACUCCCGAGAGAUCCGCCUGGUGUUUCACGUCAAUCUCCUCGCCUCUCAGUAACAAUGCUGAAAGCACCAACAUCGAACACGGUCGCUGCAAAUAAUUUAGCCAAUAUUGAAAACGGAAAAGAGAACGUUGACGAGGCGAACGGUGCAGAACCGAGCAAUAAUGCGAAUGAAGGUGAAGAGGAAAGUCAUCGGUUUAUCGAGCCGGAUGAGCACAACAAAAACGACGGGGAGCAACAAAAUUGAACUCUGAUCAAAAAUUUUCUGACGGUCAACCAUUCGAUUGAUAUUUUUUGAAUACUGAUGUCAAUCUUAGGAUCAUGAGGACAGAAGGAAAAUCGAUCAUUCUUAUUUUCAAUCAUACUUGGACAACAAUAUGACGGGGGAAGUUGUUUUUUAACGGAAUAUCUACGUAUAUAAAUCUAUAUACUUAUAUAUAUAUAUAUAUAUAUAUUAUAUGGAAUAUUAUUAUAAUUAAUAACUAAAGUAUUGGAACGGUGAAUGAAAUCCACUGUUUUCUCAGCGCCAUAUAAUUUAUACAUCAGUCAAAAUGAACGCAUUUUACAGUUCGACAGUAUGUUUUAUUGUGUUUAACAAAGGUCUGAAAAAUUUAAGAAAACUUAAAACUGCGGAAAUUCAAGUAUACAAUUGAAAUCGACGUUAUUAUUAUUCUUGUAUUGUCAUUGUACAGGACGAUAAUUAAUUUUUUUAAAUGUUGUAUGUAUCUGGAGGAUUUUAAAACCGUGUGUCAUGGCGAAAAUUGUGCCCAAUUUUGUUCGAACAUUUCAAAGAUUUUCCACGUUCAUUAUGAAUCUCAAUUAUAAAUGUGAAUAUUUUAUAUAAAACAUUGGCAAUCUUUUUUUUUGUGUAAUACUGUUCAUUGAUAAUGGGAUUUUUGUUCGAUCACUAUUUUCCCUUUUUUAUUUUACAUUGAAACCAAACGUGGAACGUGAAACUAGAUUAAGAAUAUGUUACAUGCGUUUCAUAGAGAUUUUGGAUAUUCUCAUACCCAAUUGAAAUUUCUCAGCAGAAAGACAUAACUCAAUUUUGAAAUUUCGAAAUUCCUCGAAAAUCUAAAAAUGUAAGGGUUUUGUGGAAUUACAUUUUUGGCAUAAACGUGAGUCCUUUCACCCUCACGUCAUUCUACUUUUUGUCUUCCAGUUCAGCUGUAUUGAAAUCAACAGACGAGAAUAAACAUUUUAUUAAUAA